CCUCGAUUCAAUCAAUAUUCUUCAACUUCAAUUACCCGUCCGCAUUCCUAUCUUUACCGCCAGUAAUACCUUCACAACACUUCACAACACUCCACGAGGAAUAGUGAUCUCAACUUAAUCGAGCUAUAUAACCGGUCAUCACAUUGCUAUGGAUCUUGUCUCGAGCAUCCGCAAGACGGGCUCGCGCGGUGGGGUCAACUUCAACUGGGAGGAUGUCGCCACUUCGAACCACCGCGAGAACUACCUCGGUCAUAGUCUGAAAGCCCCGGUCGGUCGUUGGGCGAAAGGAAAAGAUCUUACUUGGUACGCGAAAGCUGAUGCGCCCGAAGCAUCAUCUACUGAGACGGAGCAGGAAAGGGCAGCCCGGGAGCGAAAAGAAGAGCUCAAGCGAAUUAAAGAAGCAGAAGAAGAUGCGCUAGCUCGCGCGCUGGGUUUGCCCGUUGCUCCCCGAAAGGCUACAGGUGCAAAUGCUAUAGGUGUAAGCGAAGGAAGAGGUGUGGUAGAUGGCGGAGAUUCUACUGCUACUCCGGCGGAUACUAAGCAGCUACACAACGAUUCCCGGCAGACGUCUGCAAAGCAACACGAUUCCGGACGACAUCACCGGAGAAGACAUAGGAGUAGGAGCCGUAGCCGAGAGAGGCAUCGAGAUAGAUCGCCAAGGAGAAGGGACGGUCACCAUAAUCAUCGAUCAAGGGAUGAGAAGGACGACAGACACGAUUAUCGGAGGCGAAGAGAUUAUAGCCCCGAGCGGGAUGAACAUAAACAUAGAAGAUCUCACCGACGAGAACAUAGCCGCUCCAGAAGCCCAGAGAGAAUUGAGCGGAGAAGAGAUGGGAAAGAAAGUUUUAGACCCAGAUCAAGGGAUGGACGACCACGGCGAAGUCGAAGCCCCCAGCAACGUGGGAGAAGGAAUUCCCCUGGUAAUCAUCAUCGAUAACCAUAAGGCGAACUACAUAAACCAUAAUUAUACUCUGUAUCGUUUUGUUUGAUCGAAUAUUAGGUUGGUGGUCAAUGGUCAGAUGGUAUAUAUCGAUAUUAAAAUGUCACUACGGCUUACAAGCUAGAUGGGUCUAGUUUGUCUAGGAGUCACUUAAUGAAUGUUAAUGAGGUGUGUUUCAUAUUUACACGGUUGUUCUCGAGUUUGUAAGGAACAGUCUGGUGUGGCCUAUUAUGUGUUUGUAAAUCACUGUUUGUAAAUAGCCUGAGAACUGGUAGCAUAGGGCUGACGUAGCUGCGUAGGACCUGCUGCAGGUGAUUUCGAAUGUUUAUUAUAAGUGGAUGUAAAAGUACAUGAACAUGCGGAGUUAAGUGGAGUUUACACCAAACCUAC